AUGUCCGGCAUGCAGAACAUUAGAGGCGAUUGUGAUGGUGAUUCUCACUUGAUUAAAGGUUACAAUGAUGAAGAUUCCGAUUCGGUAUUAAUGGAAAUAUUGAAUGUAAUAUUUGACACCGAGGAUGAGAAAUUUGGAUAUCAACUACGUUUCAAACAUCCAUGCACGGCUGCCUCGCUAGGCGUGUUGUUCACUCGCUUGUGCAACCUGAGAAGUAUCACAUUUAUUCUUAGUAACCCAUGUGAUGUGAUGUUAAAGAUUUUGGACCGAGCAGCCCUGCAUCAACGACCAUCCCACCAGGCUUUUCCAUUUCCUUUUCUCGUAAUCGCCAAGUUGAGAGAUGCUCAUGGAGAUUUAUAGAUUGAUUCGGGACUUUGCAACAUCCCUGUUUCAUUUCCCAGCUGUUCGCAUCAUCGACGUUCGGAAUUUAGGAAAGUGUAUGAGAACAGAAGAUAUCAGGGCUGGCAUCUCACCGGAAUCAAGAACCCUGCAUGUUCAGUUACUCACACUGUGGCAGCACCAACAUACAAUUGUAAAGGACUGACUGACUAGGUUGCGACAUGCAAACCUUGUGAGACUUCCAGGUACCAAGUCGAAA